AUGGACGGUACGCUGACUCUACCUGUUCAGCCUAUGACGGAAGACAUGAAGGAAGUUUUGCUCAGGUGCAAGAACCGUGGUUACGAUAUAGCCCUUGCGUCAGGUUCGAAUUAUCCUAGCAUUCGCAAGCAGAUCGGGAAAGAUUUUGUCAACGACUUUAAUUACAUAUUCUCGGAGAACGGCACUCAGGUUUACCAGCGCGGAACACUUGUAGACUCUUUGGACAUCCGCGACGUUUUACCGGAAAAGGUUCUUAAGGAGCUGGUGGAGUUUAGCCUUAUAUAUAUAGCAAACCUUGACAUACCCGUCAAGAGGGGAACCUUCGUUGAAUUUCGGAGGAGCUUGAUCAAUCUCUGUCCCGUCGGGCGCAACUGUUCGGACAAAGAAAGACAACAAUUCGCAGCCCUUGAUAAGGAGAGGAACAUAAGAGGGCAAUUUAUUGAGGAGCUUAAAAAGAGAUUCGGUUCAGGAGAACUGGCGCUGAGAUUUGUUGCGGGGGGGCAAAUUUCAAUCGACGUAUUUCCAAAACCGUGGACGAAAGCGUUGUGUAUAACGCACCUGAAGGACUACGAGGAAAUUCAUUUCUUUGGUGACAACACUCACGAGGGUGGUAACGAUUACGAAAUUUGCCACCACCCGGACGUCAUUGGCCACACAGUGAAGAAUUAUAAGGAUCUUAUCGUUCAACUCAACCAGCUGAUUGGUUAA